AUGGAUCGUAAUCCGGCGGUGACGCGCCAAACAGCCAAUAUGCGAUGGGUCUUGAAACACACCUUCAAAAAGGAUGAUUUUCGCCCACUUCAACGCGAAGUUAUCUCCUCUAUUAUAGAAGGACACGAUGUAUUUCUUCAAGCAUGUACUUCGUUCGGAAAGAGCCUGUGUUAUCAGCUCCCUGCAGUUCUCAAAGAUUGGGGCUUGACUGUCGUUGUUUGUCCGCUUCUCUCACUAAUGACAGAUCAAGUGAAUACAUUGAAAGCUCUUGGUGUAUCAGUCGCUACGAUCAAUUCCAAUACUACUCAUGAUGAGAGGCAGCGAGUUUUCGAGGACAUGCUUUGUGGCCACCCGUGCACACGCCUUCUCUAUGUCACACCGGAGUUGUGCCAGACGGACAACUUCCGCCGCCGCUUGCUUGUGGUGCAUAAGCAAGGCCAGCUUAUCCGUGUUGCCAUUGACGAGGCGCACUGUAUAAGCGAAUGGGGCCAUGACUUCCGCCCAGCCUACAAAGAGCUGGGCUGGUUUAGAAGAAAUCUUGUCAAUCCGACAGUCCCAAUCACUGCGUUGACAGCAACUGCGACCCCCCGUGUUCGCUCAGACAUGAUCAACAUCUUGGGGUUGGAUGUUGAAAAUCUCCGGAUGUUCAACACUCCGUCAGAUCGUCCGAAUAUUCACUACGAGGUACGGUAUCUGGCAGACUUCGCUGGUGACAAUGGUGGCGCAGAAGACAGCCAGCUGCAAAACCUACUCAGAUGGCUUAGGGGUAUCCAAACCAGACGAGAGGCUCGACUUGGUAGUGAAGUGACAAUCCUCCCUCCAAUAUCAGGAAUUGUAUAUGUGGGGACCCGAGCUAUGGCCGAGCAUCUUGCCAGCCGGCUAUCCAAUUCCUCGGAUGGGAUGGUCACGGCGGUAGCAUACCACGCCGGCGUGGAAGCCAAUAAGCGUGCACACAUUCAAUCAACCUGGAAGUCGUCUCGGCCGUUCCAGCCAAUUGAUGGGGGAAAGACACCCGUUUUCUCCAUUAUUGUAGCAACCAAUGCUUUCGGAAUGGGAAUCGAUAAUCCAGAUGUCCGCUUUGUCGUGCAUUGGACACCACCGCGAAGCUUCGAAAGCUUUGUUCAAGAGUCAGGACGUGCAGGUCGAGAUGGCCGUGCCGCUGCCUCACUUGUCUACUACGGAAUUCAAGAGAGGAACUUCAUAGAGACUAUGAUCUACCGUGAUACUGAAUCUCACCGUGCACAUGGGCCCGAAAAUCGAGAGGCUAAGCUUGAAAGCUUCGGCAAGGUCAUUCGAUACUGUGAGAGUAUUAGGAGGUGUAGACAUGAACUGAUCAAGGAGUUCUUUGGCGAUUUUGAGCUAGAAGAAAUGGGGUCACAACGGCCAGCCCGAGAGGGUAUGUCUGUUACGAGCGCAUCCCCUUGCGACUUCGCCUGCGAUUUUUGCAAAGAGGGCCGUGCCGGGUUGGCAAAGCGCCGAGAGAAAAUGGCAUCUGAGACUCAGAUGGCUCUCCUAUACGCUGAUUUCGAUUGA